AUGACUUCCGAAGAUUCAACACUCAAAUCAUCAAGACUUCACCACAUAGACACAUCAUCUAAUGGCGGUGUCUCUGGACCUUUCUGGGACUCAAACGAACGUUGCUUUUGGCUGAUGAAUAAUCGUCAAGUCUACACGCAUCCUGAAAAUUAUAGCGGAAGUUCCGCUUGCGCAACUAUCGCAUCCGCAAACCCUGAUUCUGCUUACCCAUCCGGCUGGUCUCGAGGUCAACGCACACGAUCACUAUCAGGUUCUGACAAUUCGCCAGAUUCAGCAUCACAUGAAUCUAAACGCAUUCGCCCGGAGUCCCUUGGCAGUGCACCCCCAAAGAAUACACAAUCCAAACAGCCUUUGCGCCAGGGUACUCCGGAACAACAACGCAAGUUUCCACAAUACGAUCUAUCCAAUCUUCCACCUCCACCCCCCUUUCCUCCUCAAAGAUCCCAAUCGGUUCGUUUUUCCCCAAAUAUAUCUUAUUCGGAUGACCCUGUGAAAAAAUAUAACCCAGGACCAUCCCUACCUAGCUUCCCUCAACGCUCUCAAUCUCACCCAUCCCCCACCACCCGCUACAUCCCUCCCAAAUAUCUCCGCGACCCCGAACACGAAGACGAAGAUUUUUCCUCCCCCUCCUCCGCCUCCUCCGCCUACUCCUACUCCAAAUCCCCCUCAUCUUCAUCCUCCUACUCAUACCAUCGCGUCCCCUCUUCCCGCGACCGCCACGAAUCCCAACGUCAACGCACGCACCACCGUCACAUCGAAUACGACUACGACACCGAUACCGAUCUCUCCGAUCAGAAAGAAAAGAAACUCAGAAGACAGAAACGCUCGCGUGAACGUACCCCGGAUGAACAGAAGAAACACGAGAAAACUCUGAAAGGUAUUGGAGAGACGGGAAGAGGAGAUAUGGGACGAGCGGCUUUGAUGGGAGCCCUUCCUUUCGUGUGCCUUCUGGCGAGAUUGGCGGCUUAA